AUGGCAGCAUCGAUGCGCUGGUUCGCGCGCCUCGCGCUGCUCGUCCACGCGUGCCUCGCGCUGCGCACGCCGUCGACGAUCGCCAGGAAAGGUCCUUGCACGCUGCGCACGCCGUCGACGAUCGCCAGGAACGCUCCUUGCACGAAAGCCUCGCGGCGCCGGCUCCUCUUCGGCGUCUCCGCGCUCGUCGCGCCGUCGGCGGCGCUGGCGCUCGACCCGUCGUUCCCGCGCGUCGACGAGGGCGCGCGGAAGCCGAACAUCCUGCUGAACAAGCCGCUGGAGUGGAUCCGCAUCGCCGACCAGCUCGAGGCCGACGAGACGCUGGGCGAAUUGGCGGAUCCGAAGCAAAAGGACGCGCCGGCCGUGCGCCUCGCCAAGGUCGUGCGCCUCGACGACUCGCUCCGCGGCCUGGCGCCCCUCCUCGACUCGCGCGACGGGUGGACGAAGGCGCGAAAGACGCUCUCGGACCCCGCCUUCGAGAAGAAGAACUUCAAGCGCGCCUUCAACGCCUACAGCGACAACGUCUACUACGAGCGCAGCGACCCCGACCGCGCGAACCUCUACCUGCUCGGCGGCACGCCGCCGUCGAACAAGCAGACGAUCCAGUACCUCCACCGCAACGACGCCCUCGACAACGUCGAGAAGCUCCAGUCCGAGAUCGACUACCUCCUGACGAACAAGGACGGCGACAGCGACCCGUCGGACGCGAAGGCGUUCUACGCCGCGGCGACGAAGGCGUUCGACGCCGAGGACGUGCUCACGUCGCGCCUGGCGGACCUGGAGAGCGACGCCUUCCACCUGAAGCUGCGGAACUACUACCUGGAGCGGCGCGUGUCGCGGUCCCUGCACGGCGCGGAGAACAGCGAGGAGCAGCUCGUGAAGCUCCUCGAGGACGCGCCGGAGGUGUCCCAGAGCAGCGGGCGCGAGGGGCGGCGGGACGGCGACGCGCGGCGGCGGCGGCGCGGCGACUCGUCCGACGACGACGACGGCGGCGGCGCGGCGCGCCGGGGCGGCGCGGGCCGGCGCCGCGACGAGCUGCGGUCGCCGCGCCGCGACGAGCCGCGGUCGCCGCGGUCGGGGUCGCGGGGCGAGUGGCGGGGCCCCCGCGACGGGGGCGACCGGUCGCGCGUCCGGGCGCUCGAGUCGAAAUUGGGCCGCUGCGAGGACGCGCUGGAGAGGGAGAAGAAGAAGCGGACGGCCGCCGAGGUCGCGCUCGAGAUCCUCCGGUCGGAGCGGUCCGUCGCCGAGGGCCGCGUGCCCGAGGAGGCGGCGCGCGAGCUCCGGGCGCUGCGCGACGAGGUCGCGGCGAUGACGCGGCGCCUCGCGGCGGCCGACGAGGCCGCGCGCGCGGCGGCCGCGCGGGCCGCGGCGGCGGAGGACGCGACGCGCGCGGCGCUGCGCGCCCGCGACGACGCCGAGGCGGCCGCCGCCGCGGAGCGGCGCACCGCCGAGGAGCUCGUCGCGUUCGAGGCCGAGCAGAUCGCCGCGCUGGAGGAGGAGGCCGCGCUCCUGCGCCGCGAGCGCGACGCGGCCGCGGACCGCGCGGCCGACGCCCUCGCGGCGCGCCGCGCCGGCGCGCCCCGCGACGACGCCCGCGGCGACGUGCCGCGCCUCGCCGCGGCGCCGGCCGCCGCGAGCGUCGGGACCGCGGCGACGGCGCGGCUCCGCGAGCAGAUCGACGCGCUCUCCUUCCUGCCCGCGGCGCGCGCGCCCGCGCCGCCCGUCGUCGUCGUCAAGGAAAGCGACGCCGACGCGCGGCGCGCCGCCGGCGACGCGCUCCGCGCGGUCGAGGCGCUCGCGACGGAGGUCCGCGGCGCCCGGGCCGGCAACUCCGAGGUCGCGGAGCUCCGCGCGGAGGUCGCGGGCGUGGCGGCGCUGCGCGGCGAGGUCGCCGAGCUCCGGCGCGCGGGCGCCGGCGCGGCCGAGGACCGCGGCCUCGCCGACGAGGUCCGCGCGCUGCGGGCGGAGCUCCUCGAGCUCCGCGCGGCACCGCCGCCGUCGGCGCCGGGCGACGACGACGACGUCGGCGGGGCGCGCUGCGACGUCAACGGCCUGCCGGGCCGCGCGGCGCCGGGCCACGAGCCGUCGCGGCGGCCCGCCCCCGCGGCGCCCGCGUCGCCGCCGCGGCGCCACCGCCUCUCCCGGCCGCCGCCAAACGCGAGCUACCACAGCCUCCCGCCGCCGCCGCCGCGCCACUUCCCGAACACGACCGGCGAGCACAGCGCCUGGGUCGACCGCCAGCUCCGGUCGCCCGAGAGCCCGCGCCGCGCGCCGCCGCGGAGCUUCCCGCGCGACGCCCGCGACCCGCGCGCCGCCGACGGGCCGCGCUAG